CCCACUUACCAACUCAUCACAGAAAUUUUAUUCUCUAAAAAAAACCUCAAAAAAAUCUUUGAGUUUUAAGUUCAUCAAAGAAAAAAAAAAUGGAGAUUGAUUUGUCCCCAAAAUUGUCAAAGAAGAUCUAUGGAAGUGAAGGUGGGUCCUACUAUUCAUGGUGUCCCACAGAACUUCCUAUGCUUAAAGAAGGAGACAUUGGAGCUGCUAAACUUUCCCUUGAAAAAUAUGGUUUUGCUCUUCCUCGUUACUCUGAUUCUUCUAAAGUUGCUUAUGUUCUUCAAGGUGAAGGAACAGCUGGAAUUGUCCUCCCUGAGAAAGAGGAGAAGGUGAUUGCAAUCAAAAAGGGUGAUGCAAUUGCUCUUCCUUUUGGUGUUGUCACUUGGUGGUUUAACAAAGAGGACACUGAACUUACAGUCCUCUUCUUGGGUGAAACUUCUAAGGCCCACAAACGCGGCGAAUUCACUGAUUUUUCCCUCACAGGCUCUAACGGAAUCUUCACCGGAUUCACACACGAGUUUGUAGGCCGAGCAUGGGACUUACCUGAAGAUGUGGUCAAGACCCUAGUUGGUAACCAAUCUUCCAAUGGCAUAAUCAAACUUGAUGCAUCCCACAAAAUGCCCGAACCUAAGAAGGAACACCGCGAUGGAAUGGCAUUGAACUGUGAGGAAGCACCCUUGGAUGUUGAAAUCAAGGAUGGCGGAAAGGUGGUCGUGUUGAACACUAAGAACUUGCCCUUGGUAGGUGAGGUAGGCCUUGGGGCUGACCUUGUUAGGCUGAACGGAAAGGCUAUGUGCUCACCCGGGUUCUCUUGUGACUCGGCUCUUCAAGUGACUUACAUUGUUAGAGGAAGUGGCAGAGUUCAAGUUGUUGGGGUUGAUGGUAAGAGGGUGUUAGAAACCACUAUUAAGGCAGGGAAUCUGUUCAUAGUGCCUAGAUUUUUCGUUGUUUCGAAGAUUGCUGAUAAUGAUGGCUUGGAAUGGUUUUCUAUCAUCACUACCCCAAAUCCCGUGUUCACUCACUUAGCAGGGAGGACUUCGGUUUGGAAGGCAUUGUCACCAGCAGUGCUUGAGGCAGCUUUCAAUGUGCCCACCGAUGUGGAGAAGCAGUUUCGUUCGAAGAGGACUUCUGAUGAAAUCUUUUUCCCUCCUCCAAACUAAAAGACAGCCUUUGUUCAUCUAGUAAAUAAGAAUAGUAAUGCAUAGAGUUUGCUUUUAGAUCAGAUUUACAGUUGUUUGGUUUGUUAUAACUAUAUAGCCUGCAAUUUCUUAUGUUAGCUAUUUUAUCUUAAAGAUAUAGAACUUAAAUGUGUAACUUAGUUAAACUAUUCUGAUAGUAUGAUUUUAAGCUUGUUUUCACAGUUAUUAUUUCUGAAUUAUG